ACAGAAUUAUUAUCUGUUAAUUAUCGCGAAUUUGAUCCUGAUCGGGCCUAUAUGCGACAAGGGAGAAUUGGCGGCUCCGGGGGGAGGGGGGUCGCGAGCUGGCAUUGUGUUUUCAGACUUUUGCCGGAUUUCCCCUUUCCGCACCGCACACCCCCCCCAAUUCCCGCGUCUUUCUUUCUGCAGCAACGAAGCACACACACAGACACUCGGACACUCAGACACACUCGGACACUCAGACACACUCGGACACUCAGACACACCACCACUGCUGCCGCUGCUCCGUUCACACACACACACAUACGGCGCGCACAGACGUCUUUCGCACCAUCACCCGGACCGAUCCACCAUCCCCCUUUCCCUUCCCUCCCCCCUCCCCUCCCUCGCUCUCUGCGCGAACGGCCGCCAACUUUUGUCCUACUACUACCACUACUACUUGCUACUACUACUCUACUAGGUCUCAGCAAAUCGAAACUCAGCAUCGGACGCCCGCCCUUGCUUGACGGACGGUUACAGACCAAACCGGCCUACCCCAUCCAUCCCCAUCCCCCCUCCCACCUCCACCCCCCUCCCUCCCCUCCCAUCCAGCAAAAGUCACUGCCCACCGUACACGGCCGCCCACCCGCCAGUCGGUCUGGGCUCACUGUUCCUGGCGGAGAAGUCGGCCGGAGAAGAAGACCACGCUCGCAGAGCUUCCGCCGCUGCCCGCUACUGCUACCAAUACUACUACUACGUAUCGUCUGUGUGUGUGUGUGUGUGUGUGAACGGUGUGUGUGUGAGGGUGUGUGAGGGUGUGUGAGAGGGUGUGAAGGGUGUAUCAACGGUGUGUGGUGUGUGUGGUGUGUGUGCUUUGGCUCUCACGCGGACAGACGGACAGACGGACGGAC